UUGUUUACGUUCUACCACGAAGGAUAUGAGCUGGCUCACGAGUUUGAGCCGUACAAACAGCAGCUCCAGUUCAACCUGCAGAACACCCGAAACAACUUUGUGAGCACCAAACAGGAAGUGGAGAAGCUGAUGAAGAGGAUAAGGUCAGCGGAUCAGGACUAUAAACCCCCGGGCCAGUGGACUAUGGAGGGCUUCCUGUACGUCCAGGAGAAACGUCCGCUGGGAUGCAAUUGGACACGACACUACUGCACGUACGAGAAGGGAAGCAAGACUUUCACCAUGAGCAACACGGAAAACAAGUCUGGAGGGAAACAGGACGGGAAGAAGAAGUUCGAUAAGGAGACGGAGAAAUACUACUCGGCCCUGGAGAAACACCUCAACCUGUCGUCCAAAAAGAAGGAGGGAUAUCUGCUGGAGGCCGACACGCAGAUUGACAAGGAGAGACAACUCUUUUACGACGCCUCCCUUGAGUACGUUUUCAAAAUACAAGAAGUGCAAGAAAAGAAGAAGUUUGAGUUUGUGGAGCCCGAAUGA